AUGUAUGCUGUGACUAUUAGUGACGAGGGUGACUGUUACCGGUGUUUCCCGCUCGAUCCGGGCAUUGAGACUGCUGCUCUAGGUACGGGUGAGGCUGCUACCCUAGGUGCUUGCAACGCUGCUGGUCUAGGUGCUAGUGCGUCUGCGUCCUCAGGUACUGGUGAGUCUGCGCUCUCAGGUACUGCGUCGGCUUCGGCCUCCCUCACCUUCACCCUUGACUCUGGGGCUUCUCGCUCCUUCUUUCGGGACCGCACCACACUCACGCCGCUUAGUCGGCCGGUUGCGGUGUCUCUGGCUGACCCCUCUGGGGGUCCUGUCCUGUCUCACUUCUCCACAGUCCUCCCGUGUCUGGCGGCUCCCUCUGGCACCCUGUCUGGUCUCUACCUCCCCUCGUUCUCUACGAACUUGGUGAGUGGUGCUGACCUACAGGAUGGGGGAGUGCACCAUUUCACUCCUGUGCGUCAGCGGGGGCGCCAGCGGGCUGCCCCUCACUCCUCCCAGUUUCCUCCGACAGAGGCCCCACUGCAGACGCUUCACAUGGACGUGUGGGGCCCAGCCUGCGUCCGUGGACAGGGUCACGAGCGCUACUUCCUGCUCGUUGUUGACGACUACUUGCGUUACACCGCGGUCUUCCCCUUGCGCAGCAAGGGUGAUCUCACUGAGACCUUCACGCUUCCGGACUCUCCACAGCAAAAUGGGAUCACUGAGCGCCGCAUUGGCAUGGUCAUAGACGUGGCUCGUACGUCUAUGAUGCAUGCGGCUGCCCCCCAUUUUCUGUGGCCGUUUGCGGUGAGGUUGGCGAUGCGUCGGCGUUCCGGGUCUGGGGAUCUCGGGCGUUUGUCCCGCGACUUGUCUGCGGACAAGCUGUCCCCUCGUGCUGCUCCUUGCGUCUUCCUGGGGUUCCCCCCUUACGCGCCUGGGUGGCAGUUCUACCACCCCACCUCUCGCCGUGUUCUGUCCUCCCAGGACGUCACGUUUGACGAGUCGGUCCCCUACUACCGCCUCUUCCCCUACCGCACUCCGUCCCUCCCACCCCCCCCGCUCUUCCUUGUACCAGGUCCCCCCCAGGUAGACCCCCUCCCCCCCCAGGGUCCUGCCCCUUCGGGUGUGUCCCAGGUAGACGCAGUCGAGCCUGUCGAGGUUACUGGUGACUCUGGUGCUGCUGAGGGUGCUGGGGGUGCUGAGACUGGGGGUGCUGAGCCUGGGGGUGCUGCGACUGGGGGUGCUGAGCCUGGGGGUGCUGAGCCUGGGGGUGCUGCGACUGGGGGUGCUGAGCCUGGGGGUGCUGAGCCUGGGGGUGCUGCGACUGGGGGUGCUGAGCCAGAGGGUACUGAGCUUGGAGGUGCUACGCCUGGUGGUUCUCCGGGUGCUUCGUCUCUGCGGGAGCCACUCUCUCCACAGGAGCUGCGCGAGUGGUUUGCCCGGCGCUGGAGCCGUGCUGCUGGAGCUCGAGGUUCUUCGGCUGCUGAGGGUGCUGCUGUCGCGGGUCCCGGAUGUGCUCGUACUGGGAGUACUGGAGCUGCUGGGCCUGCGGGUUCGACUGGAGCUGGUGCUGCUGAGGGUGUUGGCGCUGAGCCUACUGCUGGCGGUCCUGCUGGGGGUACUACUGGUGCUGCAGGAGGUUCUGGAGCUGCUGGAGGUGCUGCUGGAGCGGGUGCUCCUGCUGGGGGUACUGGUGCUGUCCCUGCUGCGUCUGGCGUCACCGCGCGGCCUCGACCGUACUUCGUUCCACUACUGCAGUAG